CAGGAUUCAAAUUUUCAUAGGAAGUUGGAAUCAAAAUUAGGGAGGAGUGAACUCCACGUCCCUGUGUGUGUUUUUUGUGUAUCAUCACCUCCAGGUGUGUGGGCCCCACCUAUACUGUGAGGGAGGGGACAGCAAACAGAGACAGGGAGACAGGAGGGGUCGGAAAGGAAAAUGUGAGUCUGGGUGGAAGUGUUGAGUCCUGUUGAGUCCUCUCUCUGUGGAUCGGAACAUCUCUUCCUGUUACCUGCCGCGGGCGUCGAUAUGGACACAUCCUCAGGAUAGAAGCUGCAUGGCCACAGCGAAACACCAGCACAGAGGUUAUCACGACACUUCAGCCAAAAACACACAUCAGGGCUUUUGGAGAGUGAUAAGGAGGUAGAAUCUAGAGACUAUUAAGACUCUGAUCUGAAGGAUUAAAAGGAGGAAAGACAUCAGAGGAUACUUAAAAGUAAGGACUGGGCCCCUGUGUGGAUUUACUAAAAUGAAUAUGGCCUUUUCAUCCAAGAAGCACAAAUCCUUCCUCCCACUGCUCCUCCUUUUUUACGUCCCUCUCAUCUGUCUGAGCCAGUCUACAUCUAAGAACAACUCAGUCAACCCCUCAAACAACACCACUUCCCCUAACAUCACGUCCCGAAAGGGUAUUCCAGGCUGCAGGACUGGCCUGGACCCAGUUUACAGGUACCUGUGUGACCGCCGUGCAGCAUGGGGCAUCAUCCUGGAGACCCUGGCCUCUGCGGGUUUCCUGUUGAGCAUGGGUCUCCUAGUAGGCCUGCUGGCCUGGUCCCUCUGGAUGUGCGUCUCAGCAAAGACCCAGCGCAGCAGCAUCGGAGGAACUGUGACCUGCAUGUCCAUGUUCUUGUUGGCCACCGCAGGGAUCUUUGCCAUCACCUUCGCCUUUAUCAUCCAACUCACCCCCCAGAUCUGCCCCACCAGGCUCUUCCUUUUCGGCGUGCUCUUCUCCCUCGCCUUCUCCUGCCUCCUGGCUCGCUGCCUGGCCUUGCUGGGCUUCGCAGCUGCCCGAGGUUGGGGGGAGCCGGCGCUGGCUCUGGGACUCUUCGUGGUGCAGAUUAUCAUCUCCACCCAGUGGCUGAUCAUUGUGCUGGUGCGGGACAAGAAAUCAUGCGAGUACAGUCAGGAGGAGUUUGUGAUGCUGCUCAUCUACGUCCUCUGCCUCCUGCUCAUCAGCCUGAUCCUAUCCCUCCACUUCCUGUGCCAGUCCUGCUUCACCUACAGCUACAGCUACACUGGGGCCGUCAACCAGCAGGGCCGCAUCCAGGCCACACUGCUCCACCUCACGUUGCUGCUCUCAUCCUUCAUCUGGGUGGUGUGGAUAGUCAUGCUCACCAGGGGCAACGCCGAGAUCAGCCGCCGGCCUCAGUGGGACGACCCACUGCUCAGCAUCGCCUUGGUGGCCAACGGCUGGGUACUCCUCAUGGGACACGGCUUGUCCCAGGUCGCCUUCCUCUGCCGGGGUGAGGCCAAGUCCAAGGAUCUACCUCUGAGCUUCGCCGGUUGGACAAGCCCCUGUGCCGACGUCCCAGGACUCAACAGCCCAAAGGAAGGAAAAGAAAACGGAAGCUUUGAGAAUGAGGGUGAGAAAAGGAGAGGCAGAAGAGCUGAGCCGGCGCUGCGUUCACCCUACGAGUCGGGAUUCUCCAUGACAGAAAUCGACCCUACCAAAGAUUACACCAUUCCUCGCCCUCAGACCACCAACUACAACGAACCUUAUGAUGAAUAUUACGGAAACAAUUAAAGUUAGACCCUGUCUUUUCCUCAGGGACCGGCCUGCACAGAAACUGAGUGACCCAACUCAUGCACUGAUGUGCACUGACAAUUCUUGGCACAAAACUGUGUUUUGCUGUUCCAUUUCUCUGUGUAAAUGUAAAUAUUUCAGUGUAGUGUUAUAAGAAAUGUUAUUUCAAACCUGCCAGUAGGAUGUACAAUCCUCUGUCCUGAAAAGAAGAAAGGCAGCGUGACUCAUCUGCCUGAGUUUCAUCAUCAUCCAGGCUGGAUGGGUUCAGAUAGUCCAGUUUUCUUCUGACGGGAAAUCCACAUCACAAGUGCUUGGUGGAAUUGUGUCUUUGGUGUGUGUGUGUAUGUGUGUGUUGUGUACACAUUGUGCUCUACCCUGAGAUGGUAUAUAAUAGCCCUGAGGUGAUAGAGGAGGCGUGAAACUGUCACUCUGAAGGUGCCAAACUGCUGAGCAGAGCAGAGGCAUCUGAGAGCUGUAGAGGAGGAGAGGGAUGAAAGGAAGAGAGGGAGAGAAGAGGAGGAGAGGGAGGAGAGGAGAUGAGAUGAGACAAGACAGGAGGAGGACAGGACAGGAGACCUGUCAGCGCUGUGGGAGGCUUGUGCCACCACUGAUUAACAUCUUUAUAUUCAAAGUUACAGUUCAGACACUGGGCUCAGCCAUGCUGCGCCAUAAACAACCGACGUGUUCCUAGUCCAUAGGAGAUAAGAGGUCUUUUCAGGAACGCAUCUUCAAAGGUUUUUUAUGCUUACAAAGAAUGUCAUCAAUAAAAGGUUUAAUCUAAAAUAGUCUCGGAGCUCAGCCUUUGCUCUCCUCGCUCACACUCUGCACAGAUGGUAACACCAAAGGCCAAUUACUGUCUCAAUCUAAACCAGUGCCAUGCCUUCAGGCAAAUACUGCAAACUGGAGCCUCAACACAACACAGAGCACACUGUAGUAACACAAUCAACCCACCAGGGGGCAAUGUUUAAGCAUACCAAAUGCAGCUGAACUCCUCAGAGGGAGAGGAAGAGCUCACAGCCACAAACUUUACAAGAACUGCCCGAAUGAACCAUAGCUUCAAAUAGUAGCAGUGGAAGAGGUCAAACCUGAGUCACAGAAACCACAAAUAUCUGCAAUGACAUGUAGAUACACACAGCAUUUCCAGUCAACGGUGUGAAAUGGUAAACAAAUAUGACAUCAUCAUAUCAAAACUGACUUUCAUAUACAGUAACUAAACAUUAUAUGUAAGCACAAGUGGAAAUUGUAAUAUUUAGCCCUUUUUCAACCCUUUAUCAGGUACAAUAGAAAUAAAUUUGUAAUAAAUAAAUAAAUAAAUAAG